AUGGGUAUUGGGGCGGCCUUGGAACCACUGGUGAUCGUUGUUGUACUUUUUGGAGGAACUUGGAUUAACAGAAACCCUUCUUCAUCACUAUUUCAGAAGUCUUUUCGACGAUCCAGUAGCUAUGUGCGAACACUCUCUCACGAUUCACUGGAGUCAGUAUGUUCCAGCCCAACGUCCAACAUUGAUCUCUUGAGCCCUCGACCUGAAUUUCGGUUAUCUUUCUCGCCAGAUGCCCAAUGGCACAAGCGGCAGUUGAAACUUUUUGGCUUGUCUUUCAGCGUAACAUCUCCCAACACUACCAUCUUUCAUGACCGACUGCUCAGUCGCAUUCUUCGAAAGGUUCCAUUUCUGGUCGAGUGUUGGUACUGGGCUUUGGUUUAUUGGAUAUACCAACUCGGCCGAGUAUUCACCGCAGUCACACUUAAGGGAGACACCGUUGAUGUGGCCCGGCGACAUGCCUUGCAGUUAAUAAAGCUGGAACAGCAGCUGGGGAUAUUUUUGGAGGUCCCAAUCCAAAAAUACUUUCUCCAGCAUUCCGACCUCAUGAAUUGCAUCGACUGGAUCUAUUCGUAUAUCCACAUACCUGGCACAGUAGCCUUCCUUGUCGGACUUUAUUAUUAUACCACCACACGUAAUCAUAUCAAUCAGUCAGGAAACUUGCGGAACAUGAGUGGAUCGACGACUGGCCCGCUUCUCUAUCAAGCUCGGCGACGGACCUUGGCAGUCUGUAACUUACUUGCAUUUGCUAUUUUUACUGUGUGGCCGUGCAUGCCACCACGGCUUCUCAGUGAUUCCACUCCAGAAGGACCGGAGUCUGAUCUUGGCCGCAGUUUUGGAUUUGUGGAUACGGUCCAUGGCGUCAACGGAGCAGGCAGCGUGUGGACUCAAAACCGCUUCUGCAACCAAUAUGCAGCAAUGCCAUCUUUGCACUUUGGAUACUCGUUAUUGAUCGGCCUCACUAUUAUGACCAUCCCUCUUCCAUCUCGUCAUAUUCGUGUUCUUCACACUCGAUUGCCACUGGGUAUUGUUUGUCACAUACCUUCCUGGUAUCGCCUGAUCUGCUUGGUGCUUGGUUUCCUCUACCAAUUCAUUAUUCUGGUAGCUAUUGUGACCACAGCUAACCACUUUAUUCUGGAUGCUGUUGUUGGAACCUUGGUCUGUGGUUUAGGUUGGUGGUCCAAUAAAAUACUGUUAAACCUGCUGCCAGUAGAGGAUUAUUUCCUCUGGCUGGUUCGCACUCAAAAGCCAGAUCCUUCAGUGGCUCGAAUGAUGCAUAUAUCCGGAGAUUAA